GGCUCUUGAUUUUUCUUGAUUUUCUCUGCUACUAGUCCAGAUUUGGCGUGGCACUACCAUAUCGUCGUACUCUCCGGUUUUCCUCUAUGAUCUAGCUUCCGUCUCGAUCGCUUCUUCUAUUUCCAUAUCAUUUCUCCCGAGUCAUCUGUUGAGUGAAUAUGCAUAAGGUUGUGCAUCCUACAUAUCCAUAUAAUGGAUAUAACCGUCAUAAAGUUGAAAGAGAUGCUGUAUCCAGAGCUGAUAACAAGUUACAGACAAUGAAAACAAAUUCCAGCUGGACUAGUUUUGGUAAAAUGGGGAGUUUUGAAUCAUCUUCGAGUGAAAGAUUAGUGCAUAUAACCUCAUGCCUCAUUGGUCAUGAAGUCGAUGUUUGCUUGCUGGAUGGAUCUAUAUAUUCUGGGAUAUUUCAAGCCAGAAAUGCAGAGAAUUGUGUUUGUGCAGAAAUUGUUUUGGAAAAGGCUGGCUUAGUUAAAGGUGGUUCUGGUUGCUCAAAAGAUAUUUCAGGAAAUACUACUGGGAUGUUGGUUAUUUCUCUUGCGGAUCUUGAACAAGUGAAAGCAAAGGGGGUGCCUUUAACGAGGGAUGAGCAAACAACCGAGCUGUUGCAACAAAAUCAGCUAAAGCACUUUACUGAUUCCUGCCUAUCAAAGUCCCAGAAAGUGGAGAGAGAAUUAGAACGUUGGGUCCCUGAUGCAAAUGAUCCUUCGUGUCCUGAUAUGGAGAAUACAUUUGAUAGUAACAUGAAUAGAAGCUGGGAUCAGUUUGAAACAAAUGAAACUUUAUUUGGAGUGAAAACCACCUAUUGUGAGGAACUUUACACAACAAAGCUUGAAAAGGGCCCUUGUACAAGAGACCAGGAAAGAAUGGCAGAACUUAUAGAAAGAGAGAUUGAGGAAACCUCUGAUCUCCAUCUGGCAGAGGAGAGGGGUAUUCAAAUUGCUGAAAAUUUUGAAACUGACGAGGAAACAAGAUAUUCUUCUGUUCAUCGGAGAGUUGAUGACAAUGGAAUAGAUGAGAGUAGUGAGACAGUUGGUGAUGGAACUCAAGUGUCGUCAGAAUACUCAUCGAAGGGAUCUUCUUGGACUGCUACGAGCAUGGGUGUGCAUUCUGCCUCAGAGGAUUAUGGAAAAAAAUCAAUAACGGAACAGAGUCUUAAACAAACCUCUGUAACUGAAAUGACCAGGAUUUCUGAUAACCAAUUCUCUGGAACAUGUGAAGAUACUAUGGAAGAUAAAGAAGUACCUCUGAUGCUUGAUCAAAAUCAAUCUUCAAAAGCUGAAGAUUCAAAUUCAACUCAGAAUUCAAAUAAAAAAAGCUUGGGUAAAAGUAAAUUAUCCCCAAAUGCUAUAGCAUUCUAUCCAUCACAUGAUUCAAUCAAGAAUCAGGAGAAGGUCAGCACUUCUGGUGUAUCGCCAGAGGAUCCAAUACCUCCCACAAUACAAGUGAAUACUGGCUCUCUUGCCCAACCUAGUAGUUCUGCUGCACCAACUAUAUCUGAUUGUGGAGGUGUAACUUCAACUUCCACUGGCCAAGGAUUGUCGGCAAGUUCAUCUUCUGGGUCGUUGUCAGCGGAGAAACCGACAUUGUAUAUAAAUGCUAAGGAAUUUGAGUUGAAUCCGAAUGCAAUGAGCUUUUUUCCAUCUCAGCCUCCUUUGAGGCAUUUGCCACCUCCUGGCAAUAAUCCUCUCUAUCAUCAACCUAGCAUGCCAUUCAUGCAACAUAUGCGCAGCAUGCCGGUUGGUAUGGGGCCUGUUUUAUACAACCCUUAUGCGCCACCAAUGGCGCACUCCUACUAUUAUCCAAAUGGACCUCAGUAUGGGCAGCAGCAGGUGAUGUUCGGGCAGCCUCGGCCAUUCAUGUAUAUGCCUCCAUAUCCCGCGGACAUGUCAUAUAAGGGAAGAGGGAAUUCUAAUUGAUUCUUAUAAAUAGCAUCGACAAAUCUGCAAUAGGCAUGGGCGAAUAGUAUUUUCGGAUGCUAAUAAAUGACUGCAGCUUGGGAAUGAUGUUUAGGAUAGAAUGACGCCGAAGUUGAAGAAAAUUGACGGAGACACCUACAGAAAAUUUGAUCCUCCAAUUAUUUUGAUAUAAAAUAUCUAUAUUUUAUUAGAUUAGCUAUAAUCAUAGGUUCUUGCCAUGAAGUCUGAUGAUUCUUGAAGAUUGAGUCCAGAGUUCUGUUUAUGCUUUUUUUUUUUUUGUUCUUUUUGUUUAUUUUGUUUUUGACCUCUUGUUUUUGAGAUGUGAAUAAUUUCGAAGCUUUUUAAGUUUA